UACUCCCAAAAGCAUCCCAAGAACUCCUUCCAUGGAAGCAGUUUCCAACCUUCUCUACAAAACGUCUCCUUUCCAUGGCCUCACACAGGCCAGGGUCCAUCCUCUAAGGAUUUCUUCUACCCCACCCAUGGCUUUUCUCGACUUCUCAUGCAAAUUCCCAUCUGGGUUUUCAAAAUCACACCUUGCAGACCUCAGAUCGUCUCUCAGUUCCUCCCAAUUUGGUGGGUUUCUCUCAAGACAGAGGACCCAGUUCGUCGUUUACGCAACUGCUGCGACCGAGAAGAGCGUCCAUGAUUUCAGCGUCAAGGAUAUUGACGGGAAGGAUGUUUCUCUUAGCAAAUUCAAGGGGAAAGUUCUCUUGAUUGUCAAUGUAGCUUCAAAAUGCGGCUUGACAACAUCGAAUUACUCUGAACUCUCACAUAUUUAUGAGAAGUACAAAACACAAGGAUUUGAGAUUUUGGCUUUCCCUUGUAACCAAUUUGGUGGACAGGAGCCUGGAUCAAAUCCGGAGAUAAAGCAGUUUGCUUGUACAAGGUUUAAAGCUGAAUUCCCUAUUUUUGAUAAGGUUGACGUUAAUGGGCCAAAUACAGCUCCAGUUUAUCAGUUCUUGAAGUCAAGUGCUGGGGGAUUCCUAGGUGAUCUGGUUAAAUGGAAUUUUGAGAAGUUCUUGGUGGACAAAAACGGAAAGGUCGUUGAGAGAUACCAACCAACAACAUCCCCUUUCCAGAUCGAGAAGGACAUCCAAAAGCUCCUAGCAGCUGCAUGACUCUUGUUGCAGUAAAAGCAUGAAGAGAGAGGGCUCAACAGAAGUCUACACAAACAUCUGUUAGGAUUUUGCUCACAACAUACUCUACUUUUGUAUUUCUAAGGUUCCCUUCAAAUGGGUUUGUAAUAUCUACCUCAAUAGUUUCUUGUAUGACUUGUGUUUGGAUUUCAAUAAAACAUAUCUGCAGAAAAGAAAGAAAAAGAAAGUGUAGUGUGUCAGUGUGUGUGAGUGAUCCAGGGUUCAAUUCCUGGUAGCGUUACCUUUCAAGAAAAAUAAAUAAAUAUAGUGAGCGUGAAAUCAGUUUCAUUA